AUGGGUAAGUUCCACGCCACCACUUUAUGGCGCUGCCUGCAAUCGGUCGCUAAGGAACGCACGAGUCGCCGGUUUGAAGGUAUCCGAGUUCUUAACUUUUACUGGAUCGCCCGGGAUGUCGCCUACAAGCACUACGGGGCGAUCAUGGUCGAUACUGCGCUCAAUGCCAUCUGCCGUGACGCCAUGGUUGAGUGUAUCGCCAACACGCUGCACAAGCUGCGCGGUCUCAUCUCGGGCAUCAUGAGCAGUCGCGUUGUGGGAAACGUUAUAAAAAUCGGAGGACCCCGGCGGGCUUGCUGGCACCGCCGCAACCGUUUCAUUUGCACCAGCACCGUUACCAUUAAACGGUCGGCUGCUCGAGAUUUGUAG